AUGGAUGGUGGCUCGCAAGUCCUGGAGGAAGAAGCUAUCGACGAGGCCAUCUUAAGACUAGCAGCCUUAAAGUCAAGAAGAUCGACGUUGCGUCGCCAGAUCACGAUGACCAACAGACAGAUCGAGUCUUUGAUCAGUGUAAGGGGUUCAAGAAGAGCCUUGCGCGGAUGUCUACGCCACGUUGAAGAGUUGCUGCUGGAGAGUACACGGCUGCAUUCCGAGAUAUUAUCGAUCGAGGACAACGACGCGGAGGCCGAAAGACAAGAUUCUAAUCAUUUAGGCUAUAUCACGCGUUCGAGUGAUCUGGCCAUUGCUGCGCAAGUCUAUUUGAACAGUCGAGAUGGAGACGCCGAGUCGGUCAUCGGACAAAACAUCAUCCCGAACCCAGCGCCUGUGAUCCCAGCGCCUGUAAUCCCAGCGCCUGUAAUCGACCCAGUGGAAGCACAGAGAAGAGAACGUGCUCGUCAGGAAGAGGUUGCCAACGCGUUGAUGAGAGCAGAACAAGCUCGUGAACGAAUGGAUAGGGCUUGGGAGGAAGCGGAUGAAGCUCAAAAUGCUCUCAGGUCUCUGGGAAUAGAGAAUCCAAGAAGGAAUCAGCUGCCCGAAGAGGACCGGUUUACGUCAGUUAGUCAACGCCCUAUUACUCCAGCCGAAGAUGGAUCGGAGCAGCAACGCCGAAUGAACAUCAACAACAAUCAAGAGAAUCCUGACACCUGGAUCGACCUAUACAGUGCGGGCCUGCUUCCACCCGUCGUUGCCACUCAUAGCACGCGUUCAUCAGUGUCGGCCGAGCUAGAGUCUUUCGAAGGAAAGGCACUCGAAUGGUUCUCUUGGAUUGAUCUAUUCAGAGCACUAGUACAUGACACUCCUAAGUCAGCUGGUGAGAAGUUGGCGCUUUUGAAGAGAUACUUACGCGGAGACUGUUUGGAUUUAGUCUACGGUCUAGGAGGUGGUGAACCAGCGUACAUUGAAGCUCUUGUGCGUCUGAAGCAGACUUGCGGACGACGUGACGUCAUGAGAGCAGCCCAUCAUCAAGCCAUCGGGAAACUCGAACCAAAGCAGGACCCGGGAUCAUUCAAGCGAUUUGCGGAGAGGAUCCGCACUCAUCUAUUUGACCUCAGCAGGAUCCGGGAGACCGGCACAACGGAUCUGAUCGAGAAAAUUUGCCUGAAGCUUCAGUUGCACGAUCGAUUGGCCUGGAAUGAAGGGAGACGAGGACGGAUUGAAGAUCGGAGCCUGAAUGAUUUCGGUAUGUGGCUGUGUUCUCGCGCCUCCGCGUAUCAAAACGCGUUCAGCAUAGCAGCAGACCAGGUCAAUCCAAACUCGAGCAAGCUAUCCAAUCAGAAACGUCAAGCCCGGACAAAUCAAAGUUCGACCAAGUCAUUUGACGGGCAGAAAAAGGAGUUUAGUCGUUUUAACGGUAAACCGUUCUGUUUCAAAUGUGAGAAGGAGCAUCGAUUGGUUGAUUGUGAAGAUUUUAAAUCGCUUUCCGUCGGGGAACGUCUUACAUUUUGCAUGCGUCGACGUCUUUGCUUCUACUGCUUUUCAACCAAGCAUUCAGUUCGUGAGUGCGACAGACGGAAGAUAUGCAAGCAUGCCGGUUGCGGUUUUUAUCAUCAUCAGUUGCUGCAUAGUUCCACCAAGGAAGGUUCGCCGUCGGAAAAGGAGAGUAAAGAGAAAGCAAGACCUACGACAGCGAGGACUGGUGCCCCCCAACGCGUAGCCAUGGGUAUGCUGCGACUACCAGUAAUGGCUGAAGAUGGCAGUUGGGUUUUAGCCAACAUUUUUAUCGACGAAGGAAGCGACACGACUUUAAUGCGUAGUGCAUUCGCCAAGGUGCUGAAGCUUCGUGGGCCACCUCAGUUUCUAACCGUGGACGGAGCCGGUGGAGUAAUCACUCGUCAUCGUUCGAGUAGGAUCCAGUUUCGAGUUCAAGCUGCUGAUGGAGAUAUCCUGUCUCUGGAAGGAUCCACUAUGAAGAAGGUGGCUAGUCCAACACCGGUGACAGACUGGAAUAAAGAAAAGGUCCAAUGGCCUCACCUGGCGAGUCUCCCGCUCGGAGAGACAGGAGGAGGAGUUGACAUUUUAGUUGGAUUAGAUCAUGCCCAUCUAGUAGCGGUCAUUGAAUCAAGAGUCGGAUUGGAGAAAGAACCUAUCGCCUCCAAGACGGCGUUCGGGUGGAUCGUUCGAGGUGUUGUUGAAGGUCGAGUAAACGUUACAUCCGUUCGGAGCUGCAAGAUAUCCGGAAGCGCCUCGUUAGCCAAUCUCGCCACGGAAAUGCGUCGGUUUUGUGAUACUGAAGACUAUGGAACCGAACAUCAGAUUGGGUGUGUCUCACCUGAGAAUAAACGAGCUCUCGAGAUCGUCCAGGAGAAGACGAAACGAUUGGAGGUUGGUUACGAGGUACCAAUCAUCUGGCGUGAAGGAGAGCCCAACUUGGACAGCAAUCGUCCGAUGGCGGAGAAUAGAUUCCGGAGCUUGCUGAACCGUUUCAGACGUCAACCGGAGUUCGAGAGGGACUAUCGAGCGGCCGUUCAGAAAUACCUAGAUCAAGGUUAUGCAUCCCGUGUUCCAGAUCCGGCCAGCGCUCUAUACUUUCUAGCACAUCAUGGAGUAUAUAAAGGGACGAAACUACGAGUAGUUUACGACGCCGCCGCCGCCUUCAAAGGAAAAUGUCUGAACGACGCCAUCAUCAGUGGUCCCGCCUUGCAGCCAUCAUUGGCUGCGGUCAUCAUCCGUUUCCGUGAAGGAGAGAUUGCCUGGGCCUCAGAUAUUGAGGAGAAGGACGCUGCCGAGCUAAUUGUUUGUCGAAUGGAUCGACUCCCAUUCGGAGUCAACUGUUCACCGUUUGUAGCUAUCUACACCGUCCGUCGCAUUUUAGAAGACGCCGGAGUGCCAGAAAGUGUGAUUCAAGCCGUCAAGGAAAGAAUGUACGUCGACGACUAUUUGGGUUCCGCUCCAUCAGUAAAGGAAGCAGUUGAAGAAGCCGUUACCGUCAAGGAUACAUUGGCCAACUCGGACCUUAACCUCCAAAGCUGGAUUUCAAAUUCCAUUGACUUCCUGUGA